CAUUGUUGGCAACUAAAUAAAGACGUGCCGGUAACCGGUCGUCUGUCAGACAUGAAGUGAGCACGGACGGUCCAGUGUCCGGGAGAGGACGUGAGUUAAGGGCUGAAGAUCUGAUUGGCUCCGUGUCUCAGCUGUACUCAGCUCGGCAGAUGUGAACGUGUGUCAGGCAGAGGGACAGAUGAGCUGAGCGUGUACCUGCAGGCUGAGAGUGUGUGAGCGGCUCAGAGGCAGAUCCUCUGCAGAACACGCCCUGAUAGAGAAGGUACACACACACACAGUCAGUCUGAUCACUGAGAAGCCGCGUUGCUUACCUGAACGCAACAGCCCCAAUGCUACAGCACAAGCUCACACCACCGGACACCUACCAAAUGAAAUCAGGACGAGUGUAUUUCCACAAACUUUGGUUUGUCCAGAGGAGCUUUCUUCCCGCGAGCAGCCCGGAACACCUGGACACUCUGCGGGACUCGAUAGAGAAAUAAGGCUGGUUGUUGCAACAGCAGAGCACUGACACACCGGCUGGGCUGAGCACCAUGAGCAGGAAGACACGGCGCUGGAUUUUCCAUUUUUUCCUGUGCCUUGGAGUAUUGUAUUUGAAAAUCGGGGGUCUGUCGUCGGUGGUUGCACUGGGAGCGAGCAUCAUCUGUAAUAAAAUCCCGGGCCUGGCUCCCCGUCAGAGGACUAUCUGUCAGAGCCGACCCGACGCGAUCAUCGUGAUCGGAGAGGGGGUCCAGAUGGGGAUCAAUGAGUGUCAGUUUCAGUUCAGGCACGGACGCUGGAACUGCUCGGCCCUGGGAGAGAGGACCGUGUUCGGGAGAGAGCUCAGAGUGGGCAGUAAGGAGGCUGCGUUCACAUAUGCUAUCAUUGCUGCCGGGGUCGCCCAUGCAGUCACUGCGGCCUGCACCCAGGGGAGCCUGAGCGGCUGCGGCUGCGACAAGGAGAAACAGGGAUUCUACAACCAGGAGGAGGGCUGGAAGUGGGGUGGCUGCUCUGCUGACAUCCACUAUGGCCUGGGUUUCUCUAAGGUGUUUGUGGAUUCACGGGAGAUCAAGCAGAAUGCCAGGACUCUCAUGAAUUUACAUAAUAAUGAAGUGGGACGCAAGGUCCUGGAGAAGGGUAUGCGCCUGGAAUGCAAGUGUCACGGUGUGUCAGGCUCCUGCACCACCAGGACAUGCUGGACGACGCUUCCUAAGUUCCGUCAGUUGGGAUACAUUCUCAAGGACAAGUACAACCAGGCCGUGCAUGUGGAGCCGGUGCGAGCUAGCCGCAACAAGCGACCCACCUUCCUAAAGAUCAAGAAACCCCACUCGUACCGCAAACCCAUGGACACAGAGUUGGUCUAUAUUGAGAAAUCGCCCAACUACUGUGAGGCCGACCCUUUGACCGGCAGCAUGGGAACACAAGGUCGGCUUUGCAACAAAACAGCUCAGCAGCCCAACAGCUGUGACCUGAUGUGUUGCGGCCGAGGAUAUAACACGCAUCAAUACUCCCGCGUCUGGCAGUGCAACUGCAAGUUCUUGUGGUGCUGCUAUGUCAAAUGCAACACCUGCAGUGAGAGGACAGAGGUGUAUACCUGUAAAUAAAAAUAUUUAUUGGAUGUGCAUUUAGACGCACCACUGGACUGGACUGUGUGUGAAUGUGUGUGUGUCUGUGUGUGUGCUGUUUAUGUGUUUCAGAAGAAGAGUUCACUGUGGCUGCAGAGUGACUGCCUUGCUACUUUGGCAUUACGACAACUGGUUCCUCCAAUGUGUGUUGAUUAUACUGAUGCCAAUGGACAUCUGCCAUGAAACUGGACUCGACCUAUGGGCUCAUAAAUCAUAUUUUUAUUUUAAUAUUCGAAUGCAAUUUCAUGCCCCAGCCUUGACUCUUCUGCCGCCCACACUGAUCUGUUGGCAUAACUCACCUCAAACUGUUUUUAUUUUUUAUUUUUUUCCUGGACUAAUAAUUUAUUCAGUGAAAACUACUGAUGAUGAAAAUCCACUGUUGACUAAAUCUGGUAAGGUCUUAAGUUGGUGAUUUUAGUGAAAAAUAUUCAAGUGCACUUAAAAGCAAAUAGAAUUUUCUUUUUUAUUUUCUUUUUUUUAUUUUUACAAAGUCAACUUACACACUGGAGCUAAAAACUGAAAAUCAAGAACUGAAGUCAACUGAGUGAUGUGGUAGGGACCCUGCAGCUUAUGUGCAAAGCCAAGCAGAAGAACAUUAAUCUACUGAUACAGGGCUUGGUAUUAUAGUAUUGUUUUUAUUUGUUUCUGUCCCCUGUCCCCUACAGUUUGCUGCUAGUUGUCUGGAAAGUUAUGGAGUUUGUGACUGAGCAGCCAUAUUGACUCUUCAAGCUAAGUUACACCACCAGAGGCAAACACAAGCUUCCAGACAUAAAUUCCCUUUAAUGUUGGUUGAUAGAAUAUAUUUUGUAAGAGAUUAUUUUUGUAUAUUUUUUUGUAUUUAUUUCUAUCUCUCUGUAAGAUAUUUUUCCUUAGCAUUUCUAACUGUUAAGUUACUGAACUUACCAAAAGGAAAUCCCACUGAAACAUUGUUUUGAAAAUGUGCCUUGUUCUUCAGCUGUAGAAUAUAACUUUAAAUGGAAA